AUGCUGAAGAAGAGAUCAAGAAGCAAGCAAGCUUUAAUGGCGGAUACGAACCAGAAACAGAGCAAACCGACGCCGUUUCCACGGCUCUUCACAGCUUUCAGCAGCUUCAAAAGCUUCACUGAAAACGACGCCGUCGCAAGCCCAACCUCGAUUCUCGACACAAAACCUUUCUCUGUUCUGAAAAACCCUUUCGGAUCCGACAACCCGAAAACCCAUGAACCCGAGACCCGGAUCAAGCCCGAACCCAAAAGAAUCGGGCUCGCCAUUGUCGAUUCUCUCAUCCAAGAAGAAAACUCAGAACCCGGAUUCUCCCGACCAAGAUCCGGUACAAUUAUAUUCGGGUCACAGCUUCGGAUCCGGGUCCCGGACUCUCCAAGAUCCUCGUCGGAUUAUGGGAUCAAAACGAGGAAUUCUCCGCUUUCCCCUUCGCCGGAAGAGAAGAAGAAUACGGUUCCCGGGUCGGGUCUUGGAUCUCCCCGAAUCUUCACGGGCUACUUCUCUACCAGCGAUAUGGAGCUAUCGGAGGAUUACACGUGCGUGACGUGUCACGGACCUAACCCGAGAACGAUCCAUAUAUUCGAUAACUGUAUCGUCGAGAGCCAACCCGGCGUCGUUUUCUUCCGGAGCUCCGACCCGGUAAACGAAUCGGAUUAUCUCCCACCCGACAGCUUUCUCAGCGCUUGCUGUAACUGUAAGAAGACUCUUGGACCUCGUGAUGACAUUUUCAUGUACAGGGGAGAUAGAGCCUUCUGUAGCAGCGAGUGCAGGUCUUUGGAGAUGAUGUCAGAGGAAGAUGACAUUUAA